GACGCGUCAAACAGUAAACUCAAUCAAACCUGUUCUGUUAUCCCACAAUCAGUCCACCCAGUACUUUGAGUCCUGUUUAACACGUCAUAAGAAAUAUUUAUAUCUCUGGUGCAGAUUCAGAAAAUGAGGUCCACCACGCAGAAUAAUGAGAUUUACCAGAACGGAUUAUCGCCGCGACUCAACGAUGCCAUUGAAUCCCUGUCUAAGCCCCUCUUGAGGGCAAUUGUCAGAGACAUCUGUAUCAAUGUUCCAGGAGCUCGUGACUAUGCUACGAAUAAACUUUUUGUAGCUUACGAUGAUUCCAAGGAUGAUGAUGAUGAUCAAAGCUCCACAGCUUCUUCAUCCGAGGGCGAGGACGGGGAAAGGGAAAACACCAAGCCUGAAAAGAAGCCAGGUGCAGCUCCCGCUCCCAUAGCUGGUACUAAGAGGUUAAGAUUGCGAUACGUUCGCUGCGAGAAUUGUGAGCAGCAAUUUGACAUCGUUACCAAUACUGCCACGAGCUGUCGUUAUCAUCCAGAGUACUCAGAGCCGGAUUAUGACUUAUUCGUUGAUCACGACGAAGAUUGCCAUGGUACUAUCGACUCGUCUGAGAUGAGAGAACAAUUCCCCGAAAAAUUCAUAUAUCCGUGUUGUGAUCGGACCGGAGUGGAGGAACCGUGCACAGUUGACUGGCACCGAGAAAGCGACUAUGCGAAGAAGUUUAGAAGAUAGAUAAUGAGAUAUUUGAAGAUAAAGAACUAUGAGGGCCCCUUGGUCACAUUGAAGAUCUAGUAGAGGUACCUGUAAUAAUUUCUCCGCACUACGCAUAUACAAGGGACAA